ACCCUUGCUCCAUCUAACGGCAUUCGUUGCACAGGAAUUAUGACACUGAGCCGUGGCCCGUACAGCGAGCUCGAUAAAAUGAGCCUUUUUCAAGACCUCAAACUCAAGCGACGCAAAAUCGACUCAAGAUGCAGCAGUGACGGCGAAUCCAUAGCGGACACAUCCACCUCGUCGCCGGAUCUAUUGGCGCCGAUGUCGCCGAAGCUCUGUGACAGCGGCACGACGCCGGCGCUGCCGUCGCUGCCGGCGCUGCCAUCGGUGACGGUGACGGUGACAACAGCGGCGUCCACAUCGGCGGCAGCUGCCGCCACCUCAUCAUCAUCAUCAUCAUCAUCGGCAGGAGCAGGAAGUGGAGGCGCAGCAGCAGCAGCAUCAUCAUCAACAAUGUCAACGACAACCGGCAGCUGUCCGAGCAGCAGCAGCAGCAGCAACACCAUCACCAUUACCGCAACAGCAGCAGCCAAGGCAGCAGCAUCGGCAGCCGCAGCAGCGGCAGCAGCAGCAGCCGUGGCAGCAACAGUUGCCGCUGCGGCGGCGAGCAGUGGAUCGGCCGGUGGUGGAUCCAAGCAUCAACAGACUGAAAUCAACUCAUCCAGCAAUGCGAUCACAGCGGCGGCUGCUUCUACAGUUAUGUCGCCACCGCCGUCGGCAGCGACGCCACCGCUGGCCCUCGACACUGGCGGAGGUGGAGGCGGCGGCGGCGGCGGCGGGGUAGAGGCCCUGUCGCUGGCACUGAGUGCACGCGGCACGCCGACGCCGCCGCACAACAAUGGCGGCGCUUCCAGCUCGAGCAAUGGCAGCAGUCGCCUGGCCUCGCCCGACUCGCUGGAGGAGAAGCCCUCGACGACGACGGGCAGUCGCAACAGUGCCACGCCCACCAACGGACUGCUGGCGACCAGCAGCAGCAGCAACAAUAACAGCAACAGCAACAACAACAACAACAAGAUCAGCAGCAAUCUGAGUGUAAUACGCUCGGUCAAGGAGGAGCGCAUCCUGGCCUCGCCCACCAAAAUGCUCGCCUACCACCAGCAGCAGCAGCAACAGCAGCAGCAGCACAGGGAGCGGGAGCGCGAGCGGGAAAGAGAACGCGAAAGGGAACGAGAAAGGGAUCGGGAUCUGAAGGCGGCCACGGGUCAUGUCACAGUGCUGGUGACGCCGUCGCGCAUCAAGGCGGAGCCGCCGCCGCCCGCCUCGCCCUCGUCCACCACGCAGCGGGAUCGGGAACGGGAGCUGGGCUCCAGCUCCAGUUCGAUCAGCUCCUCGCAGCACAUCAGCCGUGCCAGUCCGCCGAUGGGCCAGCAUCAUGGCCACGGCUACGGCCAUCCGCACGCCCACGGCCACGGGCACGCCCAGCUGGGCCACGGCCAUGGCCACGGGCAUGGCAGCCUGGCGCCCGCCUCCAUCGUACAGACGCAUCACUUGCACCAGCAGCUGACGCAGCCGCUGACGCUGCGGAAGAACAGCCCGCCGCAGGAGCUGCAGCUGCCGCAGCUGGCCAUGCAGUCGAUGCAGCAGCUCACACAGCAGCAGCUGCAUCUGCAUCACCUGCUUGGCCAGCAGCAGCAGCAGCAACAGCAACAGCAGCAACAGUCGCCGCAACAUCUGCAGCAACAUUCGCCGCAUGCGCUGAUUCGCGUCAAGAAGGAGCCCAAUGCGGGCGGUGGAACGGGCGGGCAGGUGCAGCGGCACCUAUCGCCGCACCACCACCAACACCAGCACCAGCAACACCAGCAGCAGCAGCAGCAGCAACAACAGCAGCAACAAAACCAGCAGCAUCAGCAGCAGCAGCAGCAACAGCAACAACAGCAGCAGCAGCAGCAACAGUCGCUGAUGCACUCCGCCUCGCUGCAGUCGCUGCGCCAUCCGAGCCGCGAUGCCGCCAUACUGUUCCGGGUGAAGAGCGAGGUGCAGCAGCAGGUGGCGGUGGCUGCUGCCGCCGCAUCCAGCGGACUGCCCCAUCUGAUGCAGCCCUCGGCAGCAGCAGCAGCGGCCGCCGCAGCGGCAGCUCAGCGCAUGGUCUGCUUCAGCAAUGCGCGCAUCAACGGCGUCAAGCCGGAGGUGAUUGGCGGGCCGCUCUGCCCGUCGCCGCAUCCCUCGUCCUCGUCCUCGUCGUCCCAGCUGUCGCCGCAGACGCCCUCGCAGACGCCGCCGCGCGGCACGCCCACCGUCAUCAUGGGCGAGAGCUGCGGCGUGCGCACCAUGGUCUGGGGCUAUGAGCCGCCGCCGCCAACAGCGGGACAGCAGCAGCAGCAGCAACAGCAGCAGCAGCACCAACACCAACACCAACACCAACAGCAACAACACCAACACCAGCAACAACAACAGCAGCAGCAGCAACAGCAGCAACACCAGCAGCAGCAACACCAACAGCAGCAGCAGCAGCAACAACAACAGCAACAGCAGCAGCAACAUCAGCAACAUUGCCUGCAAACAGCUUCGUCACCAUCGACCGGAUCGAUUACGCCCAGCCAUACGCCCGGUCCGCCGGCUGUGGGUCCGCAGAACAACGAGGAGGCUGCCCAGCUGCUGCUCUCGCUCGGACAGACGCGCAUCCAGGAUAUCCGUCCGCGUCCGCAUCAAUUCCGCACGCCGCACGCGCUCAACAUGGAGCGCCUGUGGGCCGGGGACUACUCGCAGCUGCCGCCGGGUCAGCUGCAGGCGCUGAAUCUGAGCGCCCAGCAGCAGUGGGGCAGCUCCAAUUCCAAUUCCAACUCCAGCAGCAGCGGGCGCUCCCUCGAGGCGCCGCACGAGCCAACGGACGAGGAUGAUCAGCCGCUGGUCUGCAUGAUCUGUGAGGACAAGGCCACCGGACUGCACUACGGCAUCAUCACCUGCGAGGGAUGCAAGGGCUUCUUCAAGCGCACCGUGCAAAACCGAAGGAUCUACACGUGCGUGGCCGAUGGCACCUGCGAGAUAACCAAAGCACAGCGCAACCGUUGUCAGUAUUGUCGAUUUAAGAAAUGCAUUGAGCAGGGCAUGGUGCUGCAAGCCGUGCGGGAGGAUCGCAUGCCGGGCGGACGUAACAGCGGCGCCGUCUACAAUCUGUACAAGGUGAAGUACAAGAAGCACAAGAAGACAAACCAAAAGCAGCAGCAGCAACAGCAGCAGCAGCAGCAACAGCAGCAACAGCAGCAGCAGCAACAGCAGCAGCAACAGUUGCUGUCGCCCAUACACCAUCAUCAUGCGGCUGGCGGACAUGGCCAUCCGGCGCAAUUGUCGCCGCAUCAUUUGCUGUCGCCGCAGCAGCAACAGUUGGCCGCAGCUGUUGCCGCCGCUGCCCAGCAUCAGCAUCAGCAAUCGAAGCUGUUUCUGGGUCCCGUGCUGAAGACGGAGCAUCUGCAGCCGCCGCCGAUGCACAGUCCGGCCCAGCAGCAACAUCAGCAACAGCAGCAGCAGCAGCAGCAACAACAGCAGCAACAGCAGCAGCAACAAUCGUCGCCGCAUUUGUCGCUCUCCUCCCCGCAUCACGUGCCGCAGCCGCCCAAUGUGACACAGCAGCAACACCACAACCAUCACCAGCAGCAACAGCAGCAGCAACAGCAGCAGCAACAACAGCAGCAGCAACAACAGCAACAGCAGCAGCAGCAACCAUCGCUGCCGGCGCACCUGAUGAACGGCACCAUACUGAAGACAGCGCUGACCAAUCCCAGCGAGAUCGUCCAUCUGCGGCACCGCCUCGACUCGGCCGUCAGCUCGUCGAAGGACAGACAGAUCUCGUACGAGCAUGCGCUCUCGAUGAUCCAGACGCUGAUCGAUUGCGAUGCCAUGGAGGACAUUGCCACGCUGCCGCACUUCAGCGAGUUCCUCGAGGACAAGUCGGAGAUCAGCGAGAAGCUAUGCAACAUUGGCGACUCGAUUGUCCACAAGCUCGUCUCGUGGACCAAGAAGCUGCCCUUCUAUCUGGAGAUACCCGUCGAGAUUCACACAAAGCUGCUCACCGACAAGUGGCACGAGAUACUCAUACUGACCACGGCCGCCUACCAGGCGCUGCACGGCAAGCGCUCCUCGAGCGCCGCCACCAGUCCCAACAAUCACAGCAGCAAUCGGCACGGCUCGCCGGCGCCAACAUCCACGCCCACAGCCAGCCAGCUGCCCAUGCCGCUGCACAAGGACGAUCCGGAGUUUGUCAGCGAGGUGAACUCGCACCUGAGCACGCUGCAGACCUGCCUGACGACGCUGAUGGGCCAGCCGAUAGCCAUGGAGCAGCUCAAGCUGGACGUCGGCCACAUGGUCGACAAGAUGACCCAGAUCACCAUCAUGUUCCGGCGCAUCAAGCUCAAGAUGGAGGAGUAUGUCUGCCUCAAGGUCUACAUAUUGCUGAACAAAGCAGAAGUGGAACUGGAGAGCAUACAGGAGCGCUAUAUCCAGGUGCUGCGCUCCUACCUGCAGAGCUCCUCGCCCCAGAAUCCGCAGGCGCGGCUCAGCGAGCUGCUCUCCCACAUACCCGAGAUUCAAGCGGCGGCCAGUCUGUUGCUGGAGAGUAAAAUGUUCUACGUGCCCUUCGUGCUCAACUCGGCGAGCAUAAGGUAGCAAAUGCUUGAGCAUGGCCUGCUGCCCGCCAGCAAUCAUCAGCCGGCGCC